UUUUUUUUUAAUCAUAUAGUAAAAUUUUACAAUGUCAUCUUUUGUAAAAUAUAACUCGGAGGAUCAAACGAAAAUGGAGAUGGGUCAAGAUCCAAAAAAAGAAAGAGGAAAACAAGAAGAGAAUAAACAAGAGAUGGAGCAUAUAAAAGAAAAGAGAAAUGCAAAUAAAAAUGAGAAAGACGAAGAAAUGAAAGAUGAAAUGAAGAAAAGACCUGGAAAUACAUUGGAUGCUUCUGGUCAUGUCCACACUAAAAAUGAAGAUCCUAACAGGCUACAAAAUGAUUCUGAAUUAAACGCUUAUACUUCUCAACAAGAGCGUUUAGGGGAUCAACAGGCUCCUAAUCUUCAGCAGUCUAACCUUCAGCAAAAGAAUUCUCAACAAUUCAAUUUAGAACAGUUUAAUGAUCGACAUUAUGAUGUAGAACAUCCUACUGCUCAACAGCCUAUCGAUCAGCCACAAGUGAAUCAGCAGUCUAUUGCUCAACAGCCUAUGGAUCAAAAACCUAUCAAUCAAUAUCCUACAUCUGGUGAGCAAGAAACAAUCACUACACGUCCGGAAAAUCAUCGUGUUUCAACGAAUCCUUCACCUUUUAAUCAAACAUUCGAUUCAGCUCUAUCUGGAUUCAAUGACAUAUUUAAUACAGCCGAUCCUAGCAUGGAUAAACAACGUCAACCAGGCACAAAGCUUAAUAAUACAACACCAUUGGAGCCAAUAUCCCCGAAUGAUCUCGUCUGGAACUUACAAUUAAAAGCAUUAAAAUAUAUUUUUAUCAGUUGUCUCGUUUCCUAUCUUUUAGGAAAAUGGCGAUUUAGUAUCACCAUUGGUGUUCUAUCUAUUAUUACAUGCGGUUGGGCUUAUUGGAAUUUAGGAAAAGAAAGCUCUGAUGCUGUUGAAUGGCAAAUAGAAAAAGAGGAAAAUAUGAGAACAUUGUAUACAUCAGAAGGAGAAUCAGUUGAAUGGCUCAAUUAUAUGCUAGAAAAAAUAUGGCGUAGUAUAGAUCCUCAAAUAUUUGCAGAUAUUGAAGAUCUUCUCGAAGAUACUUUGCAAAGUGUUGCUCCUAGUUUUAUUAAGUCAGUAAAGGUUUAUGAUCUUGAUAUUGGUGUACAAGCUCCUCGUAUUCAAGUAAUUCGAGUCUUUCCUCCUUUACCUGGUCAACCUGAAGAAAGUAUUUUUGGUGAAGCUGCAUUUAGUUUCCAUGCUCAUCCAGUAGCGUCAUUGGUCACUCAUCGUGGUCCAAAUUCAACUCCGCCAGGAUUAACGAUUUGCUUCCAAACAGCCGUGAAAGCGCCUUUAGAAGUCAAAGCAGAAUUGACAGCAAUAUCAGGAAAAAUUCGAUUCAAACUUUUAACAUCGCCUGAGAUUCCCUUCAUAUCUAAAGCUACGAUUGCCUUUACAAGUGUACCAAAAGUUGAAACGGGUGUCAUGCCUUUAUCUAAACACCUAAACAUUAUGAAUCUACCUGCUAUUAAAACACUUGUGAACGAAGGUAUUAAGCUUGGUUGCGCUGAUAUGGUGGAUCCAAAAAGUAUGACAGUAGAUAUUCAAGCCUUGCUGGGUGCUUUUACACAAGAUACAUUUGCAAUUGGUGUUGUUAAAGUGUUAAUUAGAGAAGCUACUAGAGAUAAAACUGCAAACUUUCAGGACAUGGAGGAUUCUUAUGCAACUUUAUCUUUAAGUAAUCAACCUAAGAAGACUGUCUCUAGUACACGUGUAUUAACUAAUGAUGAAAAUCCUCGAUGGAAUGAGGAUCUUUAUGUUCUCGUUUAUAAAGAUGACAUUAUAUCUGAAACAAAAGUGGAUAUUAAAGUUUGGGAUGCAGAUAAAGUCAAAUUUGAUGACAUGUGGGGUUCAGUUUCAAUGUCCGUAAAGGAUAUCGUUCAAGGGGAAAUAGAUAAAUUAGGGAAUGUUAAAAGUUGGUGUCAAGACGAAUGUGUCAUUUUUGACGGUUGGACCCCUAUUGAUGGUAAAAAUGAAAACAACUCAAAGAUUAAACUGAACAUGAAAUUAAGUUUUCAUCCAAAGUAUCCUACACCUAACAUGGAAAUUUUUACAAGUAAAUCAAUGAAACAAAAGAAAAAGUCGGAGGAAGCACAAAAGGAGGAAGAAAAGAGAGAUAAGGCUAUCUUGGAUAUUCCUGUUGACCCUACACAUACAAAUGGUAUUCUUUCUAUUUUAAUCCAUCAAGCUGUUGAUUUAGAAAUUGGUGAUCCUGAAGUUUUACCUACAAAUGAAGAAUUUAAACAUCCUUAUAGUCCAGAUAAGGUUGUUAGCCCUUAUGCCGUUCUUUACAUUAAUGACAAUAAGGUCUAUCAAACUCGUACAAAGUUAAGAAAUCCUAGUCCUCAUUGGAAUGCUGUUUCUGAAAACUUUAUUAAAGAUUUUGAUAAUUGCAGUUUCCGAAUUUCAGUCAAGACAGCUUUUGAUCUCGAACGUGAUGCUGUCCUAGGAACUAAAGUGAUACAUUUAAAAGAUGUAUUCCGUGGACAAGAAAAUGCUAAAUUUAAGCAAAUUCAACAAUGGAUCCCUCUUGCUAAUGGUAUUGGCUUUGGUAAAGUUUUAUUAACAAUCAAAUAUAAGCCUGUCAAGUUGACCUUACCUCAUGAAUUACAAGGAUGUGAUGUUGGUACACUCAUUGUUGAACGUUUAACCUUAAAUAGUUUCAAGUCUCCUCUCAGUCAAGACCAUGCUAAUUCUACCAAAGUUACCCUUUCACUUAAUGUUAAUCCAAUUAUCAAAAAACGUCUUAAACCUAAAAACAUUUCAAAACAAGAGAAUGGAGGAAGGAUGACAGAGACUUAUGGUUGGUGCAACCAACAUUAUUAUUUCCCUUUAAUGAUGCGUUAUCGUACUGCCCUCUAUGUUCAUGUUACCCAAGGUACUGUCACGAGCCAUAAGUGUACAGGUCGAUUCUGGUUAAAAGAUAUGGUCGAUCAUGAAUGGCAGGAUAUUAAGGUUGGACUGUACGAUUAUGUUAGUGAAAGUUCUAAAGAAUCGAAUCGGAAUGAAGAUGCAUGGUCUGAGGAAGGUGAUUAUGGACAAGUAACAAUUCGUAUGAAGAUUUCACCUGGAUUUUCGCCUGUCCAUACCCAUUUAAGAUCCUAUAUCAGGGAUAUGGUAGGAGCUGAUCCAUUCUAUAAUGAGGCCUUAAAGUUCAAAGCCCAACGUUGGAUUAAAGAACAAAGUAAGAAGAAGGCUGAAAGAGGUGAAGAACCAGAUGCUGAGGAAGAUACAAACUUUGAUUACGAUCUUCAAAAUGCUGUCCAAUCGGAAAAAGAAAGAAUGGAUUCCACAACAAGGAAUAGAAGAGCAUCAAGUCUAUCUUCUGAAUAUGGAGAAGAGACAGCAGAGUCUGAUAUGGAUGAUUAUGAAAUUGAAGCAGAUAUGUUUGAUCAAAAGAAAGAUGUAAAGAUUAGUAAACAUGGAGUACUUAGAAAGGUUGCAUGGGGAAUAGAUAAAGUGAAGCAUAAAGUAGAUGUGUUGAAAGAAGGAUUCAACUCAGAAACAAGAGCUGAUAGAUCCGUAAUAAAAGAAACUUAAGUUUAAUCUUAUUACUCCUCAUUACGUAUUUUUUUAUAAUUAACACGCAUGUACAACGCGAGGACAAAUCAAUUUUUACAUGGCUAAAAAAUAAACAAUUUUUUAUUUACUCCACAACCUUUUUCCUUUUUUUUUUAUUUUUCUCU